CAGCUGCGUAGAGCUUAAUGAAGAAUACAAACAUCUUCCCAAAGAGUUAAUACGGUUGUGUUGGUUUGGAUGCCCUUUAAAUUCCAUACCAGAUGACUUUUUUAAUCAAGAUAAACUAGUUCUUUUAGAGAUGCAGCAAAGCGAACUGGUACAAGUUUGGGUGGGUUCCAAGUCGCUACAUAACUUGAAAACCCUUGAUCUCAGCCAUUCCUACUCCUUACAGAAAUCACCGGACUUUUCACAAGUCCCAAAUCUUGAAGAGUUGAUAUUGGUAUGGUGUAAGAGUUUGUCCGAGAUUCACCCCUCCAUUGGUCAUCUUAAAAGACUUUCUUUGGUGAACCUUAAGUGGUGUUUCAAACUUAUUUCUCUUCCAAGGGAUUUCUAUAAAUUGAAAUCUGUUGAAGCAGAGUGUACAUCCAUAAGAGAAGUACCACCUUCCAUAGUAAAAUUGAAGAAUCUCACUCGUUUAUCCCUAUUAGCUGUGAAAAGUAUUCAUUUGCCACAUUCGUUACACGGCUUAAACACUUUUAAGGGAAUUAAAUCUCUCAUGGUGUGCAAAUUAGCUGAUGAUGCAAUCCCUAAGGAUCUUGGGAGUCUAAUUUCUUUACAAGAUUUGAAUCUUCAAGGGAAUGAUUUUCAUACCCUACCCAGUCUCAGUGGUCUUUCAAAGCUUGAAACUCUGCGGUUAGAUGGAUGCUUUAACCUUCGUACAAUCCAUGAUAUACCACCAAAUGUGAAAGUUCAGCAUGAGUAAUAUCCUGAGGUCGAUGUGUGCAAUGUUAUGUAGGCAGAGAAGAUUGGGAGGAGCUACUAUAUGAAGACUAUCUUUUCAAGCUUUUACUUUGGAGUUGGAGGUUCCUUGGGGCUCUUGAAGCAGAUUCUACAGCCAUAAGACAAGUAGCACCUUCCAUAGUAGCAUUGAAGAAUCUCACUUUUAUCUCUGAGUACUGUGCCUAGUCAUUUGCCCAAAUUACCUGAUGAUGCAAUCCCUAAGGAUCUUGGAGGGAAUGAUGUUCAUACCCUACCCAGCCUCAGUGGCCUUUCAAAGCUUGGAGGGAAUGGAUGCAUAUAUCUUCAUACAAUCCGUGAUUUACCAAGAAGUUUGAAAUUUCUGUAUGCCAUUGCCCAAUUUUUCGGAAAUGUCAAAUAUGAGAGAACUGGAAGCAAGUGAUUCUCUCAAACUCACUUGAGGCUCCACGCUUGGAUAAGUUAUUAAACCCCAUGACAUGGACUGAUAUGAAAAGGUUUACCAAUCUCACAGCUGAUUUUGGCAAGAACAUCAUAUAGGUAUCUCUCUCCCCCCUCCCCCUCUCUCCCCAAAGUUCUAAUUGCCUUCCUAUUGUGCACAUGCAGAUUCCUAUGGCUUUUCCAAAACGUAGUUGUUUUGAAUUUUGAAGAUAUAUUGCAUUCAGAAACAUUUCAAUACUACAAGAACCGAUAUAAAAUGCAUCCAAUGAUCCGAGAAAUAGCACUCGAAUUCGCAGAAAUACAAAUGCACCAACGUUUUCUUGUCAAA